AUGGUUCCCACCAACCAUCAACAACAAAUUCCCGCUUUCUCCAACAUGAGUGUGAUAGUGCAAGUCGGCACGACGCCUGUCAGUCGUUCAACCCACCGCCAGCAGCCACAAUGUGUCAGCGCUUGUACCCACAUCAGAAUGGACCGUCUUUAUGGAAAUUGGCUAUGUCAUACAUGUAACCGCCUCUCAGACUUUGGAUGGUUGUACCAAUGCACCUCCGACGUCCCAGAAGUCGGAGACUAUGCCUUUCUCAAGUCUGAGAGGCACUCUGUCAGCCCUGCUGGAGAGGAACUGCGUCAGCUGGGCCUAAGCGAGUCAAUCAUCAAGGAAUUCGAAGCUGGCGGUUACACCAAUGAGCAAGUGCAGAUUCUCGUCAAGCAGAAACAACACCUGCAGUACGUCCUGGAGAAGGUCACUCGUUCUGGCGCCUCGGACGACAUACGCUGCGACUUCAAGGUCUGCCAGCACUGCGGUCCCAUGAGAAAAGAGCGCUGCUGGACAUCCUUCGAAGCCGUCUUUGAAGACGAAGUCAGACCCAUCGACAAGUAUGAAGCCAAACACGAUCUUCCCAUCAAGGAUGCACGCACUGUUAAAAAACUUGGUCUCCGUCCUCCCACUCAGUUCAUCCCCACUCAUAUUUGGGCAAAUCCUCCCUACCCCUCACCAAAGGACUCUGGAUCGUCAGGUCACACAAGCGACGGCUUCUCUACCGAUGUCGACUACGACGAAGGAAGCUGCGGCGAUGCCAUCUCGAUUACUUCUCAGGAUUGCGAACAGAAUAUGUCCCACGCCGGGGGCGAUAUGCCCUUCGUCACCAUCAGAGACCCUCGUCAUGCACACAAACCUCGUCCAACCAUCAGACUCGUUCCCAGCUCCGAGCAUGGCUACGGACUCCGUGCUUCACCUGCCAUCAGCAGCAACGAUGACUCGCCUUCGCACUCACAGACUACUACCUCGUCAAUCAGUCUUCCAACCACACCCACGACUUCCUCAUACACCAUCCUACCUGAAGGCGAACAGAACGUUGAUGAGCUCAGAGCACAAUACUCCCCCAAAGCCAUGACAGAUCCAGAGUGUUACUCUGGUCACCCAUCUGAAGUGGCCACUUCCGUGUCAAGCGAGUCCAGCUUGGGCUCGGAAGUUGCUGUUGAAGGCGGCUUCGCACUGACCGAAGAGGCCAUGUCUUCGCACACACCCGACCUUUUCACCAGAGUCUAG